UCCAGAUGACGGACAUAAAGACAUAAAGUCAACAACAGAGACACUUGAACUGUGCCCACCCUGUAUGGAGCUCAGCUGCUUCCUCGACUGCUGGAAGAUGGCUUUUUUCUUCCCCCCAGGGUGCAGGAUAAGCUCCCCCCCAUGCCAGAGGGCACUGUGGCAGUGACACAUCCGGGUCUUUACAAAGAGCGCCGUGGCCUCGGCUCACUGUACGAAGGGAGACGGGAUGGAUCUCCACCUCAGAGGCCUCUCCUUGUGACGCGUCAGACGGAGAGGUGAAGUAUGACCGCAGCAGCAGGUGUGCUGACCGGCUUGGCCAAGCUCAAACGCCAAGACUCGGCCCGCUCUCAGCACCGCCCCCCGUCCGCAGCACCCGGCCUGGGAAGCUCCGCCCCGGAAUCCGCCCCCAGAAAGCGGAAGCGGCGCACCGACGUGGUGGUGGUGCGCGGCAGGCUCCGCCUCUACUCGGCCUCCGGCUUCUUCCUCCUGCUGGGGUUGGUCAUCUUGGCCGCGGGGAUCGCCAUGGCGACGCUGGGUUACUGGCCGCACAGAGCGCCGGCCGGAGGAGGAGGAGGAGGGGGAGGGCCGAGGGCGGCGGCCGAGGAGGAGGCCGCCCCGGACGAGGACGCGGCGGCCCCCGGCAGGAGUCGCGACGCGCAAGGUGCCAUCUCCAAGCGCACCGCCGGCGCCCUCACGCGCUUCCUGGAGCAGCAUCGGCACUCGGAGAGGAUGAAGAUGUUCGGGCCCUUCACCAUGGGCAUUGGGAUUUUCAUCUUCAUCUGCGCCAACGCCAUACUCCAUGAAAACAGGGACAGGGAAACCAAGAUUAUCCACAUGCGAGACAUGUACUCCACCGUCAUCGACAUCCAUCGCCUGCGGCGGAGGGAGCAGAAGCAGCAGCACCUGCGCGACAGCGCCUACGCCAGAGAAGUCGGGGAGCUCCGGGCUGAAAGCGCGGCCCGGCUGGCGUUCUCCUCUCGGGCCGGAGAGGAAGGGUCCGCGCAGGAGGAGGAGGAGGAGGCGGAGGAGGAGGCGGUGCUGUUAGGAGGGGACGAGGAGUUCCGGGCACGGGGCGGGCAGGCUCGGCUGGAUUGCAGCUUCGCGGGGCUGCUGGCGCCCCUCUACAAGGACCGCCCCCUGAGGGGGGGGGCCCGCCCGGACCCGGCGCGCCACCAGUGGUCCGUGGAGGGCGACCGGGAGAAGGGAGGACACCACGCGCGCUCCAUCGUCUCCUCCUCCAUCUCUGCGUUCACCCUGCCCGUCAUAAAACUCAACAACUGCGUCAUCGACGAGCCGGAGAUGGAGGCGAUCACCGAGGAGGAGAGGGGGGGUGGGGGGGGGCGCCGGGACGGAGGCAGGUCGCAGCCACCCAGCUCCGCGGAGUCGCUGGUGGUUCCCGCGGCGUCCGUCGCCAAGGCCUCCAAGCCGCCGGCCCUGCACCGCAGCAACUCCGCCUCCUCUUCCUCCCACUGCUCCUCCGUCUCCUCCUGCUCCCUCUCGCCGGCUCCCUCCUCCACCUCGGGCUGCUGGCUCUCCCCGGGGGCGGCGAGGAGCGACUUCGGCUCCAACUCCUCCCUGCACAUGCUCGGCAGCCACUCCAAGUCCCUGGACCUGGAGCGCAGGCCCAGCGUGCUCAGCGUGCACCCGGAGCAGCGGAAGCACCCCAGCUGGCCCCGCCUCGACCGUAGCAACAGUACCCAUAGCAACGGCGGCCACCGGGGCAGCAGCAAGGGCUACAAGCGGCUGGAGGACAGGGAGGAGCAAGGGGAGCGGCUGCUGGAUGCGGCGGCCGCGGCGGCGAGGCGGGAAUACAGCCGGCGGGAGAAGCUGCUGAUGAUUUCCAGGUCGCACAACAAUCUGAGCUUCGAGCGCGACGAGUUCAACAGCGGCGCCCUGAAGAGGGGCAGCUCGGAGACGCGGUUCUGAAGAAGGUUCGAGGGCAGCCGUGGAAAGGACUCGAGGAAAGCGCCGUUUCCAAGACACUGUUUCUGAGCGGCGGGAUUGAGAUUGGUAAAAAAAAGAAAGAAAGAAAAAAGGACCUUCAAAGGUUCAGGCCUCAGGCCAGUAAAGAGCUGAAUGCUCACUGCAGGUGCUGCAUCCGACCCUGACCUGUGACCUCUGUGGACGGUGCUACAGGGAUCAAUAAAAACACAAAUCACACCACAACACGCGUGUACUUCCGACAGGAUCUUGAGAUGAUGAAAAACGGGCUUUUUUUUAUUCCAGCAGCACAAUAAGGACACACUGGGAGCGCUUUGAGCAGGUUUCUUCCUCAGUGGGGAGCGGCGACACAAAAGGCCAAUUUAUUAUAACCAGGUCCAGGCACAUCCUGAGAAAUGAUAUAUUUAUGUAUAUAUUUAUUUUGUUUUAUAUAAUAGCGUGGUGCGGCAUAGCGACGAGGCUCUGAAGUUCAAAAUAUAGUGUGUGUGUGUGUGUGUGUGUUAGCUCUGCUUGAGUUCAAAUGUAAAAUGUCCUUUUAUCACCUGUGAUUCCUUUCAACCCGCCAAAAGCCCGACAUUAAUCACGUCUGAGGCAUUUCUAAAAGAUGAAUUAAUUAAUUAAAAAAAUGGAUUAAGAGAAGUGCCAUUGAUUAGUUUUAGGUCCGUAACAUUUGCACUUUUGCAAGUUAUUGUAAAAGGGAGUGAUUUAAGUCCAUUGCAGGCGAGCCAACAGUUAGUCACCAUGGACACAUUUAUCUUGUGCUGUCUGAGGAUCGCAUUGAUUUUUUAUUUUUUUUUGGUCUGCCACAGCUGAAAUUUAUUGUGCUUUUCUGUAAGUCUCACAAUGACAAAAAAAACGCACAACGUCCUGUUGAGGAGAAGUGCCACUCUGCCGGCUCGGUUCACUUUGUCUCCGCGCCUCAAAUGAAGUGUGUAGAAUGCAAACAAAAAGCUACGAUCUACAGAAUGGGAGCAUCCACAUAGACCCGCGUAGGCCCACAAUGCAAUGCGCUGGAAUUGUACGGCGUUUGGUCACAGCGGUGCAAAAUGGGGAUAAAACGGAAACGUUUCUCGCUUCUGAGAUCUCGCUGCGUGAGAAGAGAACGUUUCUUCAUUCCCACCUUCUGAUUGGUUUAAGUAUCACAAGCGUCCGUCAUGCAGUGAAGGGAGCAGCCUCUGACACAUCGCAGCCCUUUUUAACUUUUCGCAUCGUAGAGGCAUAAUUUACACUGUUUUUGUCAGACUUUAAAAAGCAGUUUGAUUCUAUUUUGUCGUGCAACGUUUUACAUUUACAAUCGAUUCUCGAAAAAAGCUAAAUAUAAUCUUCAGGGGUCGGGGGGGGGGGGGGGGCACGACGCACCACUAAACACCAGUUGUAAACUGUAAAAAGGUUUGAUGAGUUGAUUUUGAUUAUAUUGUAAUAGAGGUGUUUUUUUGCUUCGAGAGCUUGUUUAAAGGUGAACGUCUGGCUGAGCACACCGCAAAUAAAAUGAACAGUUUCAUACUUAAUGCCGCUCACUGCAUCUGUAUUUAGAAGAGAGGGUUUUUAACACGGCCUGUCAAUCAAGCACCAAAAAGGAGAUGUCAUUUCCUUUUUUUUUGUAAAAAUAUAAACUAUGUUGCUCUUUGCAUACGACAUCUGCUGGGGCAAUGUUCACCAGGUGAUGCCGAUGGCAGGUUUUUGAGUUAAAGGGAGUUCAGUGUGAAGGAACCAGACCUCCUCAUUAACCGGCUCCCAGACGAACGAAACAAAUAAAUAGUAUUUUCACUGAGAGGAGUUUUGUCCCGAGUGUGUUUAACCACCACUGAGACCCGGGCGAUGAUUCACACACACAGGAGCGCUGUUCAGGGGUCAGUACAUGCGCGCGCACACACACACACACACACACACACACGCCGUCUGACAUCACACCUAAAACACUCCAAGCACAUGAUUAAUUCCUCUUUUUUUCCCUUUCUUUCUUUUUUCUUUGUCCCCUGGAUCCAAAACAAUAAUGAAAGGUCUGUCAAUGAUCGCAUGCUCCACAGCUGUGUGCGAACAACACACACACACACACACACGAGGACCGAGUGUGUUAUUAACGUCACACCACAAAUGCAUGUUCCUCCUCAAAUGCAAACGCAUCCAAAAGAGGCUGCGGACGCCGCCUCAUCCUCCGUGUAUCUGACGGCACGGAAGGUCAUGUAUAUUUCAUAAGUGACCCCUUCGGAGAUGAAGGACACUGAGAUCGCUCUUCAGUGAGACUUCAAUGUCAACAUGAGAAAUAUUGACCUCCAGUCUCUCCUGUGAGGCCAUUCACAUGCCCUUCUUUUUUUUUUUUUUUUUUUACCCCCCAGUGCUUCGUCACGGCACAAAAAGCACCACGUCACUACAUUUCGGUCGUCACGGCAGAUGGGCGAGUGACGUGAGCACUUCAAAGGCUUCCCAGCGAUCCAUGCGUGAAGUGAACGCGGGAGGCCUCUUUGUGGCCCUCCGAGGCUUCGGGCGGGUGGCGCGGCCGCAUCUCGGGGUU